CAGGGAUCAGUCAUUGCAGUGAUACUUCGAAAGGAUCAGAUGCCGGCAAAAAUGGCUCUUAACACGAACUGCUAUUGCAAUAAUCCGUCGUACAGAAAUGGACUAAUGAAAGCAAGUCAAGAAGGCUACAGCCGGCAAUGGCAAUUCCGUCUACCUUCGAUAUCAUCCUUCCGAGGUAUCUUAGGCACACAUGCCUUAUUGAAGCCUCAAAUUGGAUACCAUUCUCUUUCUGCUUCUAUAGAUGUUUCUUCCGUGGUUGAAGUUGCCAGGUCCAGGAAUUCUAAAAUAUUGCCUCCGCGGAGAUCGAGUAUAGUUCUUGGCAUUUUGGAGAAGGCGAUUGAGUCAUCCAGCACCACAACAAAAAGACAAUUAUAUACCGGCUAAUAAAAGCGGUAAAUUCAAUGUGCUGACUCUAUUUUCUGGUAGCCAUUAUGACUGUCACUCGACCGUCUUGAAAAUUAGUGACAAUGUAUGUGGGCUUUUCCCGAUACACUGUACACAGAAACUUGACCAUAAUCAAUGGUAUUAUUAUGAGUCAUUAUGUCCCUGUCACAAAGCUACAACCCUAAUCAAGAGUAG